AUGUCGAAGGGCACGAAACAUGAGUCAGGGGGUGCCAGCAGAGGCGAGGCGCACACGAGGCGAUACCAGUUCUCUAGCAAACCUGGUCAUCAAGAUGAACACUCCAGCAUCGCCCUAAACCACCUCGAAUUUCGGUCGGACUUGGAUGCACUUCACACGCUGAAAUCGAUUGCCAGAUGGUUGCCGGCCGAAAUGCAGACAGCCUGGGCGACCGGGGCCGAUCGAAUCGAGAAAAGGAACAGAGAGGCUACAUUCGACGAACUCGCACAAUUCACAGGUUGCAAAUCUCGCAUAGCAAAUAGUCGAUUCGGCUAA